AUUAACAUAACCUUCAUAUUUUUGAAUGUUUUCGAAGUUAGACUUUAUUUUCUGUAAUUCUUAUUUUAUUAUCUUAUUAUGAGUGGCGGCUUAAUUCCCAGUAAAAGCACGGUUUACGUGUCUAAUUUGCCUUUCGAUUUGAAGAAUAAUGAUUUACACAAAGUGUUUGAAAAACAUGGAAAAAUAGUCAAAGUAUCAGUCGUUAAGGAUCGUCAAUCGCGAAAAAGCAAAGGUGUGGCCUUUAUUUUGUUCUUGAAGCCUGAAGAAGCUCAGGCAUGUGUGCAGGAAACCAAUUUGAAAGAGAUGUUUGGCAGAACAUUAAAGGCGAGCAUAGCGAAAGAUAACGGCCGAUCAACCGAGUUUAUUAGACGAAGGGAAUAUCCCGAUAAAACGCGUUGUUAUGAAUGUGGCGAAUUCGGUCAUUUGAGUUACAAAUGUUCGAAAAACUUAUUGGGAGAACGAGAACCACCUGCGAAGAAAGUGCGCAUUCGAAAGAAGAAAACUAGUCAGUCACUAACAGAGGAGGAAAAGCAAUUUUUCGAUAGUUCUGAGGAAGAGUCUCAUUCAGUACCUCUUGACGAGGAAACUCUGAGUGCUGCAAUCAAAACUGAGCAAGAGAAACACGAUAUCGAAGAAUACCGCUAUAAAGUGGCUUUAGGCGCUUAUGAUCCCGGCGAGGCAGGCUCCAGUAAGAAGAGAAUAAAGAAAAGCUCAUACUUUAGUGAUGAGGAGGAAAGUGAUUGAGCGUCUGCACCCGAAGCUGUAUUUAUUUCUUGCCAGGAAAGGAGCUACGUUUAUCAACCAGUCAACGUGUUUUGAUGAAUAAUUAGGUCGUAUGAGAUUUGAGCAAACACAUUAAACCGAUGUAUGAUACAUUUUGGUUUAUUUAUAAAUCAUCAGACCCAUUCACCUAGAAGAGCGAUUGUACCAUUUUUAUGAUAAGGCAGUGGCUUAAAAUGUCUCUUUUAUUAACGAUUAAUGGUUCAGCGAAAGCUAUUGGACAUAUUAACUUUUAAUAAUAUUUUUUUUGUGUUUAUGUGACUAUUUGUUUUGCGAGUUUUAUGUUUCUUAGAUGUACAAUUAAUAUUUCAAUUGCAAAUUUU